UUCCUGCUUCCAAUUCACUCUCUAAAUGCUCUGCCUCCUUCAUAUAUAUCAUUAUACAGGCAUACAAGUAUUUGAUACUUCAUCAAGACAUCCAGUUCCUGUUCGUAUAGUUUAUUUAGCCCUAGAUUGCAUUCCUGAUUAAUGCUACAGAUGGGUUUCGAAGCUGUUGCUGGAAUGCACUCGAGGUUCCGCUACGAGAAGCUCAGCAAUGACGAGGAGCAAUAUCAUGAAAAGCUAAUAGCAAGGCCAAGGAGAAGGCAUUGUUGGGUGAAGAAAAUGAAUGGAAGAGUAAAGGGUCUACGCUUAUCCCGCUCCAGGAAACUUACUUUCAAGGCAUUGCCUGUGAUCCUAAUGCCAAGCCCAAGCAGCAGGAUUGCCAAAGUGUAUGCUCAUAUUAUUGAUAGAAUCAAGAUUAUGGAUGAUCUGAAUCUGUAUCCGAAUAUUAUCCUUUCCACUCGUUGGGGUCUUCCAGGUUUAUCUCAUCCCCAUCCCUCUGUUAAAACUGCUGGAAGGCCGCUUCAUACCAUUGCGCCCCCCAUGCCUCUUCAUAAAAUUUAACCUGUAUUUUGUAGCAUCUUUGUGUUUCAGUAAAAAAAUGUUUGACCUAGCAA